AUGACUCUGAGCAUCGUUAAAUCACCAGCUGUUCUUAUUUUCACUAUUGGCGUCUGCCUCUUAUCAUACACUUUUCGGUUUUGGACUCCGAACCUACACCGCCCAACGCUAACCGACAAGUCGGAGCUUGAUGCGGAUGUCCUAGUGAUAGGUGGAGGGCCUGCGGGGCUUUCUGGGGCCCUUACUCUUGUGCGACACCAACAUGACAUGAUUAUCUUUGACAACGGUAGGCCAAGAAAUCAAUGGGAUACACCCCUACACGUCUUGCCGACCUGGGAGCAUCGCAGUCCAAGUCAACUACGUGAAGCUAGCAGGCGGGAAUUACAAGCUACUGGACUUGUGAGAUUUGUUGAUGAGAAGGUUGUCCAAGUAGAGAAGAUACACGACUCACUUUUCUCUGCUACAAGUUCGAGCGGAGCAGUUUGGUCAGGCAAGAAGGUCAUGCUAGCUACAGGCGUUGAUUUUAUAUAUCCGGAUAUUCCUGGAUAUACUGAGAACUUCCCUGAAAGGAUACUUCAUUGUUUGUUUACGCGCGGUUUUGAAUUCAAAGGCAGCGCGUCUGCUGGAAUCAUAGCAGCCGACCUUGCUAGCUCACCACCCCACGCUAUAAUCCUUGGAGAAGAUGCUGGAAAAUUUGCAGAAAAUGUGACCGUCUACACAAACGGUGACGCGAAGCUUGCUGGUGAAAUUUCAGAACUUUUAACCCAGAAGGGCGAAAACAACAUCUCUGUUGAUGAUCGACAAAUCAAAGGGAUCACAAGAGAACUACAGACCAGCAAUGUUAAACUCUCGUUCGAACGGGGACCGGAUCGAAUCGAAAGCUUUCUCGUUCACCAGUCGGCUACAAGGGUGAGCCGGGAGAUCGUUGUCCAAUUGGGCUUGGAAACCAAUGCUCGAGGUGACAUUGUCACGAGUAUGCCGUUCUAUCAAACUAAUGUUACAGGUGUGUUUGCUGCUGGUGACUCGGCUAGUCCGUUCAAGAUGAUACCGAACGCUAUAUUUCAAGGAUCUAAUGCUGGUGCCGGAGUAGCAAGAGAUCUGCCUAGGAGGAUAACCAAGAACAGGGUUAAUCGGCUUUACAGACAUCGAAUACAUGGCUGGUUGACCGACUGGUGGUAG